AUGCCUCCGCGAUACUUCAAGAACGACGCGCCGGCAGCGAGAAGAGACCCACGCCGCCAACUCGAAGCCUCCCUCACUCGCUUAGUAAAAGAAUACCCACCCUCAAAACUCCGCCCUGGCGGUGGGCUCUUCCAUGGUCCAGUGAGCGUUGCCUACACCUUCCUCGUCCUCCAACAACUCUACCCAGACCUCGAGAUCGAACAACGACACUUGGGCACCUGGUCAGCCGCCUACCUCGAGCACGCCCAGAAGAAUUUCCAGACAUACCCCGGACCACAACCAGGAAAAUGUGGUGUCAUGGACGAUGUGCUGUGUUUGUUGGCAAUUGGAGCGGCGAGUAGUAAGGAAGCAGAGAUGGCGCAGGAUCUGUGCGAUUACUCCGCUGAAGUGCUGGAUCCGGAUACGGAGAACGAGUGGUUGUAUGGUCGGGCUGGAUACUUGUACUUACUACGGCUAGUCAAGGCUUCCUUCAUCGACAAACCGGAGAUCUUGAAGUUGAUCACGGAUACACAAGACGACGUCAUCGACGUUAUCCUGGAGACACCACGACCGUGGAAGUGGCAUGGCAAGGCAUAUGUCGGAGCUGUGCACGGUGCAUUCGGCAUCAUAACGCAAAUCGUCCUCACGAAUCCUACCAAGUAUGCGCCAAAGCUGGAGAUGGAGCUCGCGGUACUCCUGACAUAUCAGUACGAGAGUGGCAACUUUCCGAGCAGUAUACCACCAGAGAAGGACAGGCUGGUGCAAAUCUGCCAUGGUGCACCGGGUGUGGUUAUCAGUCUGCAGAGCAUACGAGAGUACUUCCCAAGCCUGAAGGACAAGAUCGAGAAGGCGAUCGCUAAGGGCAGGGAGUGUAUACUCGAGCGGGGACUACUGACGAAGGAGCCUUGUCUGUGCCACGGCAUCUCCGGCAACGCCCUAGCACUCGAAGACAAGGACUUCGAGCACUUCCUCACCUACACCACAGGCCACGAAAUCAAAUCCAUGGAGAAAGACGGCCUGCUCGACCCUUCAUCAGCUCCGGAAUCGCUCUUUGGUGGCGAGGCCGGGCGAGCUUGGACAUGGGCUGUAGCGGAUCGUGGCUUGACGAAGCGGGUUCUCGGGUAUAAUGAUCUUUGA